GUCGAUAUUUUUAUAUCAACAUUACGCCAUCAUGCCGGCUCAUCCAACCUGACAGCCCUGGGACCCGCAGCCACGUUGCAUCUUGGCAUUUCUCGAAUAUCUGCGAGAUCCAUCCAAUCAUAUGGUUGAGUAAUUGACCAUGACAGUCCCGGCAACUUGGUAGCCGUUAUUGCUCAGCCCUAUGGAAUUUAUAUCAUGCAUGAGGAAGACGCCCUUCAGUUAAGGGUGAAAUGGAAAAUGGCUAUUGGCCCAUUCGCGUUCGAUAUGUUUGAUUUGAGUAGUCAGAGGUAGAUAUAUAAGAAUGAAGUUGAAACCCGGAAGGGAAGACUUCUUUUUUCUCCCAUCACCACCAACAUCAAACCAACAAAAUCAAAACAUUUCCUAUUUCUUAUUUAUUUCCUUAUUCUCCUUUGUCAUUUCCUCAUUUCCUUAUUUCCUUAAGUCUUCUCCUACUUCUAUUUCUUACCAGUGCAGUUCGUUCUUUUGGGCCGAUCCUCUCCUACUACCACAACAUCGCAAUCGUCAGUUCGUCUAAUUCAAACCUAAUACCGUCAAAAUGCUCAAGAUUGGAACCGUCGCUGCCAUCUUGACUUUCUGCUCCGUCUCUACGGCUGCUCCUGCCAACUUGGGAUCUGAUGCGUGGGCCAGCACUAGCUCCGGAUCAUACACCACUCCCCCUAGUUGGGUUGCCACCGGCGGCUCGACUUACGAGACUUCCAUUCCCUCAGGCUACUACAACUCUAUGAGCUACGCCCACAACGGCGGCAGCAACAGCACCGACGCAGCAGGUGCUUCCGCCACCGUCUCUGCUACAGACUCUGCAUCCGCCGCCGCCGCCGCAACAUUCAGCACCAGCGCCGCAGCCCCCGCCACUCCAACGGGCAUGAGCAAAGUCCAGCAGAUCCUACUCUCCGACACCCGCGCGGACGCCAUCAACAACGUGCUUACCUCAGACUCCGACUUCAUCUUCGACUUCCAGCAGAUGCGCAAGUACGGGCCAGGCAAGGGCGGCGAGAUCGUGCAGGCGAACCGCAAGGCCUUCCCCGCGCUGACGGGGACGGGGAUGAGCAUGGCAGUCGGGUUCCUGGGGCCGUGCGGCUUCAACACGCCGCACGUGCACAACCGGGCGUCGGAGCUGCUGAUCGUGACGCGCGGCAAGGUGGUGUCGGAGAUGGUGAUCGAGAACGGGGUGGUGGGCGGCGCGGACGGCCAGCCGCGCGACAUCGUCAACACGGUCGAGGAGAUGCAGGCCACGCCGUACUUCACGGGCGCGCUGCACACGCAGUACAAUCCCACCUGCGACGAGGCGAUGUUCGUCGCGCCCCUGUCGAGCGAGGAUGGGGGAAUCAGUCUCAUGGCGCAGAACUACCUCGCUAUGCAGGACGGUACUAUUGCUGCGGGCAUGGGUAACCAUAUCGACGGCGCUGAUAUCGAUAGGUUCCGCGGCAUGGUUAGCGUCAGCGUGGCGCAGGGUGUUGAGCAGUGCUUGCAGACUUGCAAUAUCUCUAAGCGCAAGUAAGGGGGCUCGAAUAAGUUGCUAGGACCUACCCUUUGAAAUGUACAAACUUCACGGAUGUAGCAAUAAGUGAUGAAUAGGAUGGUAAAGGGGGUAUGACGGGCUUUUGGGAUAGUAAACGACAGCGCACGUGUGAUGGUUGAUGGUUUAGAGGAGUUAUUAGGCAUCAUCGGCUCGGAGUUCUUAUUGCAUUGGUUUAUCUGUUUAUUUGGUGGAAUUUGGAUUUUAAUUUUUACUUGAAAACUUGGAAAACCGCCAGCUAUCUAUAUACGCUCGUUUCUGGUAGUAUUUGAGCC